ACCCAUAUGCAUAGGAAAAAGAAAAAAGCAGGUAAAGUCUUUGGUUCAGUUCAUGGUCCUUCAUGAACUCUUUUUCUUCUCUGGAAGAUCAGGGUCAUGUUUGAGUUGGGGAGGUUGAUUACUUUCUGCUUUAAGGUAGGAAGAAACUACAUAUAUUUAACAUGAAGACAUUCCAUUCUCUGAUAGAGCCUCCCCUGGAGAAUUUUGGAUUCUAAUGGUCACUUUAGUUUCUCCUACUCUUCUUCAAUGUCAUCUUGUCUUCCUUGGGCCCCAAAUGAUCCUUCCUUUCCUCACUUUGGUCAAAGCCUUUACAUAGGAGUUAAAAUUGGGCUGUGGUAAGUGCCUUGGGGCAGUUAAGAAAAGGGAUAGAUUGAUCAAAGAUACGCAGAUUUUUUGUAUGGACUUCUUUAGAACAUCCUUAUUUGAAUGGGCUCUGCCUAUAAGUAUGUGCUGAAUAAGGGAUUGACUGAAAUCUCUUUUUUAAAAGUAUGAGCAACAGCCUAGGUCUCAACACUGCCACUGGCAGAUCUAACCUUACAGGAAGAUACCAUAUCUCCAGCCAGUGAGUCCCUGGUGCCCAUUACCAGUGCUAGUACUUCAGGUUUGUAAGAGUCAAUCUCUGCUGACUCUGCUGGACAAAUGUACAUGGGACCCAGUUUCUGUUUCCUCUUUCUGAGAGUUCUCCAUCUCAUGGAUAUUUACAGAGCUAUUCUUGGUUCUUGGUGAUUUGCAUUUGAAUUUCCUUUUCUGGGAACAUUUUUGUUCUUUCUUCCUCAGUUUCUCUCUUUGGAGCUUUCUCUCCUAAGUAUCUAUUUUUCUUGAUUGAAAGUAGAUGGCCUUUUUUAUCCUUUGGAAGAUGUAGGAGAAGGGAGAGUUUGCCCUCUGCUUGUCUAGGAGGCUAUUUGUGGAGAGUGAACAUUUGUCAGUAGAUUAAAUUUAAUAGUCUGCCAAGGGGAGUCAUUCAAAGGAAGAGGAUUUGAGGAAGUGGUCUUUGGAGCCCAGGAGGGAGUAAGAGCACAUUGCAGACAGGUCUUGUUCCCACCACCUCCAGUGGAUUCACAAGGAAGCAUCAACUCCUGCUGGGGAUCUUGUUAGUCCAUGGGAAUCACUCCUGACUCUCUCCUUUCAUAAUCUGUAUUGGUGGACCUGACUUCAGGGGUUUUAAGAUAUUCUGUCAUGGUCACUCCAGUUCCCUUUCAGACUGUCUGGAAGGGAGUUAUUUGGCACUCAAAAUAACUUCUUCCCCUCCUUACUUUUUUUGUCUUAUCUUUUCUCCUUCUCCACUCCUCCCUUCCUAUUGGCUCAAAUUGACUGUCAUUAUUUUGGGCAACUGAUUUAAGUGAUUCGAUGGACUUUGAGAAAGAGGGACCUGUGGGGCCAAUAUAAGGAAGUAAAGGAGAGAGAGAGAGAAGACACAGGCAGUAUAUUUUGAAUUUUGAAUCUUUCUAAACAAUUUUUGUACUUUGCCUUCCUCAUGAUGGUACUCAAGUCAAUAAAUGUUAAUAAGUGUUAUUUGAUUGACUUUCUGACUGACUUACUUUUCCCACAGAGUUAAACAGAAGACUAGCUUCUGGAAGAAAAAAAUUUGACACAUCUUUGCCUGAUGGUACCAUCGCCCCAUCAGAUGACUCCUCGGUGUCCACAAUGACUGCCAACAAUACUUCAGGUUAUAAACAUCAAAUGAGCUUCCCUUGCUUCACAAACAUAUCAUGGAGCUCUUGCUACAAAACCUUCAAACUCAGCUUCACUAUUACCAACAUGUUUUACACAACAAAGAUGAAUCAAAAGGACUCCAGAACAUUCAAGGCUGCUGAGCAUAUCCUACAAAUCUUGCUCAAGGUAUUGUUUGGAAGCAGCAAGCUUGGCUCUCAAUAUUGUGGAUGCAGUGGCCUUUCACUGAGGUCUCUGAAGAACAGCAUAGCAACUGGAGUAGAUAUACUCUGCACUUUCAAGAAGGACUCCUCCAACCUUGUCCUGGACAAAAAGGUGGUUUCCUGGGAGCUGACUGAACAGCUCUGUAGAAGAGAGCUAAAACACCUGGUUAUAGACAAUGAUAGCCUCAUUGUGAAUGGGUAUCAACAUAAGCUGCCAGGAAUCAGAUCCACAAAGAGAAGUGAGGUUGGUGUAGGACCUGUCACCCAUAUCCCAGACCAUGGAGAACCAGGAAAAAUCAUGACAUCACUGACUAGUGGCCUCCUGAUCCGUGAAUCCCCUGUAUAUGCUAUAGAGAGUGACAUUGGUGUAGGGCCCUUCACCCAUAUCCCAGAACAUGGAGCACCAGGAGACAUGACAUCAGUGACCAGUGAAUCUACUGUAUGUGCCAUGGGAUUCUCUACUGAGACUUCAGGGACACUGAAGAAUGUGAGUGGAUCUGACCAGGGAAGAGAACCAACGAACUCCACCAGUAUCCCUAUGACUGACUUUAUCGGGAGAGAUUCCAUUGCUUACACUGAAACGGACAUACGUGUCAUGGAGACAACUCCAAGAGCCACAGCCACUCAAGACCCACUUCUCACUGUGCCCACUGGAGCAGGUGACCUCAUCCCUGGGAUGCACAGGAGAACUGUGUCCUCUCCCACCGAAACCUCAGUUCCAUCUGAGAUAUCCUCUGGAGUCACCAUUGCCAUUGCAAGGACCUCACUCUCCAUGACUCCAGUAGAAAUCACAGCUAGCCCCGGCUCCAGUGCUCCCUUAAACAUCAGCCUAAGCACAAGAACAGCUUCCCUUGAGCCUGCUACUUCGUUGGAGGACCCAGGGCCAGCCGGCCUGACUCCAGAAACUGAGAGAAACCCACAGGCAACACCAACUCCAGCUAUCACCCUGCCUCCAGCCAGCACACAGGAAGUUUGCACAACAGCAUCUCCCAGUCCUCCUGACACAACCACAGAGGGCAGCAGUGUCCAGGCAGGGACAGCCUCUGUUUCUGAUCAGGUGCCUUCCACUUCCAGCCUCUUCCCAAGAGGUGAUGCUGGUGUGGUGCCAGACACACAUGCCCAAGGCCAUGAUGCACCAGGAAGCACAGUAGCACCAAUAAGGAGCUCCCUCACCCCUGUGUCUACUAUUAUUCCCACAGGUCCAAAUAUUGUUCCCCCUUUCCUUCGGUCCCCCUCUUGGAGAGAUGCAGCAGGGAGAUACAACUGGAAGAGCUUCAUCCUUAACUUCACCAUCACCAACAUGUUUUAUACAACCAAGAUGGCUCAAAGGGAUUCCAGCACAUUCCGUCUUCCUGAAUGUUUCCUGCAGCGCAUGUUCAAGGUAUUGUUUGAAAGAAGCAGCCUUGGCUUUCAGUAUUGUGGAUGCAAUGUGAUCUUGCUGAGGUCUAUGAAAAAUGGGGCAGCAACAGGAGUGGAGGUUAUAUGUUUUUAUAAGGAAGUUUUCUCUGUCCCCGUCUGGGACAAGAAGAAGAUUUACCAAGAGCUGAGUCAAGAGACUAAUGGAAUAACAAGGCUUGGACAUUAUAUUCUAGAUAAGAAAAGCCUCUAUGUGGAUGGGUAUAACCCUCAGAUGAUGCCACCCCCCUACACAAAAGAAUCAGUCUACCACCAUGGGUCCAGAAGAUGGAGGAAAGUCUACCGAAUGAAUGGCCAUCUGUUUCAAUCCAAACGUUUUAACAGAAGAGCCUACUGUGCCCAGUGCAGUGAAAGGAUAUGGUGUCUCGGAAGGCAAGGCUACAAGUGUAUCAAGUGCAAAUUACUGGUCCAUAAAGGUUGUCAUAUUUUUGUACCACGGACCUGCAAAAGGCAUAUGGAUUUGAUGAUGCCAUCCCAAGAAACUCAAGUAGAGGAUAAAAAUGAUAAAGUUGACCUUCCCUCCGAAGAAAAUGAUGGACUCGCUUAAGUUCCCUCAACCUGGAAACACGAGAGCCUUAAAGAUGAUUCUGGGGACAUUAAGCCAGUUAUCGAUGGGAUGGAUGGAAUUAAAAUAUCUCAGGGGCUUGGGCUGCAUUCCCACUAAUGGAUAAAUCCAUUACCCUCAAUUGUAUUGUA